CACUACCUGCAGCCUGCGUUGUGAGACCCCCACGUUCCUAUGUAUUGGCUGAGGAGGGGGUGCUGGUCGGAUCUCAGGCGUGUACCAAGCCUCAUCCACAUAAAACAAUGGCUCCUUGCUAUCAAUGCUGACAGCUCUGUGCGGCCCCUCCGAUUGAUUAAUGUCCCUCUGACGCUUUAUCAAGCACACGGAUAAAGUUUGACCAAUCAUUUGCCAGGAGCUCACAAGGCAGCAGCCCAAGUGUACUUUGUUGGAUAGGAAGUUGGGGAGGAUUGAGAAUCUGUGAGCUGCCUCUGUCCCCAGAUCUUCUUCCAGUCAAUGAACCUGCUGUGUAUGAUGUCCAAGAAUGUCCAUUUCUGGAACUCUCAGUAACUACUUUGUGGAAUCUAUCAUAAGCCCUGAGAGUGAGGAGUCUCCUCCAGCACCUAAAUUCUCUGGCCAGUACCCCAGUCCCAGGUCAGCAGGACACUCAGACACCCUGGACUUCCCUUCCUGUAGUUUCCAGCCCAAACCUGUAUUCAGCACAUCCUGGACCCCCCUGAACCCACACAGCUCUGCUCCCCUACCUUCUGUCUACCACCCCUACAUCCAGCAAGGAGGUCCUACUUCUGAGACCAGGUACUUACGGGGCUGGCUGGAGCCACUGCCCAGGGCAGAGACUGGAGCAGGACAAGGGACUGUAAAAGCCGAACCGUUGCUGGGGCACCCGGGGGACCUGCAGAAACUAGGAGCCCAAGAGUACACUUUAGAAACAGCGGCUGCAAGAGAAGAGCCUAAUGAGAGGCCCACUUAUCAGGGCAAUAAAGGGUGUGAAGAAAGCGAAGUCAAAGACAGGACACAUCAAAGUAAGUUAUAACGCAAGGAAGUGAAACACAAUACAGCUUUGGCAGAGCAAUAAAAAUACAGGGUGCAGGCUAGGGGAGAGCUGAGGUCCAGCUCAGAGGUGGAGAAGAUACUACAAAUCUCAGAGAUACUGACAAUAUACAACAGCUUAGUAUAGAUAGAACGGAACUCCAGGAAAUCUAAAUACAGUAAAAACUAAACAUUCUAAUGUAUCCAACACACACAUACACAGCACAGUGGAAACAGACAACACAGCUUAACAUACAGUAACACAAUACACAAUGGUUGAGCUUAAACAUAUAUUCAUAUAUCAAUGGUGUAUAUCAAGCUAUACCGGAGUCUUAACCACAAAUUUUGAAAAAUAUAUCUAGUUAUAUGUAUUAAAUUGGCAAGUAAUAAUUGUCUGGGCCUUAGAUUCUCUAUCCUUUCAUCAGCUAGGACAAUAGAUGCUGUUAUAAAUGAUAUGUAAUGCUAUGAGUAUUAAUAAACUCAGAACAGCCACAUUUAAUGUCACCUUAAAUGUGUAUUUUAAUGUAUUGCAUAUUGCAAUUUUUUAUGUAACUCUAAAAAUAUUAAGUCACAGUUGUAAUGACCAGUAAAGCACUUUACUUUGAUGAAUGUUGAUAUUAUGCAUUUAACUUAAACCGUACUGUAAAGACAUUAUAUUUCACUAUACUGGGCAGGAAUCCAAAACAAACUCCACUAUAGACAUAAGGAUUUAAUGUGAGAGAUGCAGGCUGUGUACUUAACACCCAUUUCGAAAGAGAAGAGUUGAAAAUAAUUCUUUUCAAAACUGUAUUAUGUCUUUUUGGUGAUUUGUUCGAAGCUUUUUUUUUUUUUUUUCAAUUAUGACUUCUGUCACAAAACAGGUUUCUUUUCAUUUUUUUCUUGCUGUUUUUAUGGUUUUUUUUUUUCAUUUUUAUUUAUUUUUUUAUUAUUUAUUUAUUUUUAUUUAUUUAUUAUUUAUUAUUUUUGUGGUGCGUUCAAGUUAUAUUUUCUGCUUAUAUUGCUGUGUAACAUAAUACCUUAUAUUACAAUAAAUCUCACUGAUCACGAUUCAAAGCGACCCGUGUUCUAGAGAUUUAUCCACAUUACUGACAGUCAAAAAUUAGGACUGGAAAAUGCAAUCUAUUUCCUCUUUUUUUUUUUUUUCAAGCGUGUCUAUUUAAAUUGUAUAAAGUGGACAAAGCAGAAUGAAUUGAGUCAACUGCUAAUUAAGAAAAUAUUUGCAGAAAAUAAAAACCCACAGUCUGCAAUCUUGAUAAGAAGUCGUAUUAACUGUAUUAAUUAUUAACCGAUUUAAUUAUCUUUAAUAUUUAAUUUCCCUGAAAAUUAUGUUUAGUCUGGAGAAAGGGAGAUACGAUCUAAAGGCAGAAAGUUACACGGGGGAAGGCAGAGCACCGAUCACAUAUUAGCAUGUAUUUUUUAUUAGCUCAAUGUACAUUGUCUGUGCUUUAAUCACAAUGACUAAUCCAUUUUGAACUGUGCGGUCGUCUAAACAAAUACAUGUCAAGUUCGUAUCUGUACAAUAAUAAACCCAAUCCCUUGUAGUUUCAGCACCUGCACAGUGACUCGAGUGUAUAUUAAAAUGGAAUUUUACGUAUUAUUCAUAAGAAUAAAUUCAAACAUUCCUAAGAGAUUGUUAACCAUCUUUAACAACUGAACAAGUGUUCUUCACUGUUAAAAAAAGACAUCAUCAUCUAGCAAAGGCUGAGCAAAUAUAAUGAGCAAUAUAGAGUUAACAAUGGUUAAUUAUAUAUGUAUGGAAUAUUGUGUAACAACUUUAUAUGUAUAUAUCUGUGUUAGACAGACAAACAGACAGACAGACAGACAGAUAGACAGACAGACAGACAGACAGAUAGAUAGAUAUAUAAAUAGUUUAAUAAGUGUUGUUAUUGCUUCAUUUAAAUACAAUGUCUAUAUAAGUGGCUAUCAUAUGCAGCUGGUUUUUUUUUUCGUGAUAUAAAAUAUUGAUCAUUUAAUGUCUGUUCUUGUACUAUUUUUCAGCGAAUCCUUCCGCUAACUGGCUACAUGCGCGGUCUUCCAGGAAAAAGAGGUGUCCUUAUACCAAAUACCAAACUCUGGAGCUGGAGAAGGAGUUUCUGUUCAACAUGUACCUGACCAGGGACAGGAGACACGAGGUGGCCAGGCUGCUUAACCUGAGUGAGAGACAGGUCAAAAUCUGGUUUCAGAACAGAAGGAUGAAAAUGAAGAAACUGAACAAAGAGCAGGGGAAAGACUGAGACCCCCAGGACCCCUCAAAUCCCCCCUUCCCCUCAACACACACACUGCACCUGCUCCCUAUUUAUGGCUCCAAGACAGGACAGGUCUCAUUAAACUAACAUUGGACUUUCCACAUUGUGCAUGGCAUAUCAUAUCUAUAACCAAUACUCAUUCCAAAGCCAUCCAUAGUAUGACCAGUAGGACACAUUCGGAGACCCUGUCUGUUCCUGUAUGUGCUGUUCUGUGCUUUAUUAAAUUAUCCUCCUGAUGUUUUUUACAACUGUUUAUCUGCAAGCUUUGGACAGUGAAUGUGUGACAUAUUGGAAGGUGGGUGAAGCCUAUGGGUGCUACAAUGUCUACCUAAGGAAUGGGUGGACAAGAUGGACUGGGGACCAAGAGGAGUAAGGAAGCAGCUCCUUGGAGUUUACAUGUUUAAAUGGUUAAAUAAAGUUGCCCACACCAAUAAUCUGUGCCAUGUAUUGAUACCCAAAAUUCAGCAAUGCCAUAAAACACUAAUGAAGUAUAUAUAUAUAUAUACACUUGGAAACCAGCAAUUUCACUUUUUUAACAGUCUACUGAGCCCUCAAAUUAUAACUAAAAGCACACUGGAUGUUCUCACUUUGCUAAAAUAGUUUUUUAGAAAAUUGUAAGAAAUGAAAAAAAAAUACAUUUUCUAGUUGAAUAAAAUAGAAGAGAUCGCUGAAUGUAUUGCUAGGAGUAGCUAUUUAUAAUUUAUUGUGUUUAUAGAUUUCUGUUAUUGUGCAAAGUAAAGUGUUUUGUUAAUAAUUCCCCUUGUUUGUGUGGGAAGCUUUAUACUUGACAUGUGUAUGUUAUAUUGUAGCUAAUCGGCUAUAUAUUUCCGUUUUUGUUUUUUUUGUUUCAAACUGUUUACAAUUUGAGAGGAAGAAUUUGUAUUUCAUGCUGUUGUGAUUAUUUUCCAAAAGUGUUAUUAAAUAAGUG